AUGAUUGUCAAUGGCACUGGCGCCACAUUCCUGCUGCAGCUUGCGCUGCAGGUUGACAGAAAGCAGGUGCUGCCUCAAGUUCUUUGCGAUCCUGGCCAGCAGGCCGUAGCCGAGUACUGGGCCACGGGAUUGGGGAGAUGGACGGCAAGUGCUGGUUGCGCGGCAUCCCAUCGAAACGAGGAUUUCUCUUACUGGACCUCGACCUGGGCGGCUGCUUUCACUGCACUCCAAGGUGAGCCUGCUUAUGAGGACCCAGCAGUAAGAACUGCGGAUGGAGUCUUCGUGUGGGAUGCAGAGUAUUGUGUUGUCUCUGGCUUCCUGGACUUGCCCAGGGCGGAGCUGCUGCAGAAUUAUUCUGCUGUUAUGAAGCUGCAGGAAGACGCAUGUGGAUCCGAGCCCCUAAAGUCGAUCACGGAAGGGGCACCUGCAGCAGCUCUGCAGGGCAUCUUCCCCAAGGUGGACGAAAUGUUCGCAGAGGAGAAGAACAAGAGCGCAGCACAGCGAUCUGCACCGCUACUUCAGCCAGGGAUCCUUUCGCGCGUCAACGCGGCACACUGCGCCGCGGGCAGUUACAGCUGCAUGAUCCAUUUCUGCCUCAACAAUUUCUGUCGACUUGGCGAUGGACGAAUCGGCCAAGGCUGUCAGUGUGACAGCAACUUCAGCUUGAAGCCCAUACCAACCAACUGA